GCUUCUGGAAGAGGGCGUACGGCACGUUCACAAAGAUCUGUCGAGCAAGCUGACCUUGUGUGACUGAAGCUGUGCAGAAACGCGUUUGAUGCCCCUUCGGAAAAUGAUGACCGCGGUCUACAGUGUCGCUUCUCUGUCGUCGAAAAGCAACUGAAAACAUAAACGCGCGCGUCGCGAAGGCUCAUCGAGUUUUUUUUUUUUUUUUUGGGGGGGGGGGUCUAGGGGAGCAGGUGCUUCACCCCCUACCCGGAUCCAGUCAUUUGUGGAGGAAUGUCGUCCACCAUCGAAAGGAAGACGCUGGAAGCCAACGAGGAGCCAGUGGACGAGGUCCUGCAGAUGCCUCCUUCUCUGCUGAUGUGCGGCGGCUGCCAGCAGAGCAUUGGCGACCGCUUUUUCCUAAAGGCCAUCGAGCAGUACUGGCACGAGGACUGCCUCAGCUGCGACCUGUGUGGCUGCCGCCUCGGAGAGGUUGGCCGCCGCCUGUACUACAAGCUGGGAAGGAAACUGUGUCGUCGAGACUACCUAAGGCUUUUUGGACAGGAUGGCCUCUGUGCUUCCUGUGAGAAGAGAAUCCGAGCAUUCGAGAUGACCAUGCGCGUGCGGGACAAGGUCUAUCACCUGGAAUGCUUCAAGUGCGCUGCCUGCCAGAAGCACUUCUGCGUCGGCGACCGCUACCUGCUCAUCAACUCAGAUAUCGUCUGCGAACAGGACAUCUAUGAGUGGACCAAACUCAACAAUAACAGUAUGGUAUAGAGCAACAUGGACAUUUUGGGUCUAGUGGGCUUUUUAAAUCGCUGCUUUUGCAGAGGAACAAUGAAUAAUAAACACAGACUUUUUCCCAGCAUCACGCACGCUUGGAAGUGCCUGGCCACUUCAUGUGGAAACUUUUUUACACAAAAGUGGAGGAGGCUCAUCAUUUCUGCACUAUAACAGGCAGCUUUUCAUCUCAGGCCUUACAAAUGCAAAACAAUCGGAAUUAACAUGCAAUAACAGGUAUUUGUCCAUCUAAAGGGACUUUUGUCAAAUGGGGCAAAAUCACAGCAACCUUUGCAGCUUAAAACUGUUUCAUUUGCCUUUACCAUGUUUGGACAAAAUGACAUACAUUUGCAAUUCUAGAUUUUGUACUACAUCAUGAUAAAGUUCCUUAAAAAAAUUACAUUAAAUAAGUAUUUUAACAGAGCAGGGAUGUCCAAUCUACAGCCUUAGCCCCCCUCCCACACACACAUACAGUAUAUACAUACCUAUCUAUCUACAGUAUAUCUAUAUAUUUCUACAUCUCUCUCGCUCUCUCUAUAUAUACAUACUAGCUGGUUUGCCGCCCUCCGGGCGGCUCAUCAGCUAGUUCCUGCGGAAGGCUGGUAAGGUGGGCCUUCGGCCCACAAAAGUGUUGUUGCUUGGUUCAACUUUUUGUUCAUCUUCAUUGCUUAUCGCGAAAAUAAAGAGAUGUUUAGCUCUACUAAAUAACUAACAAUUUCAUUGCAAUGCUUGUGGGUAGACAAUAUUUUUUCGCUAAGAUGCCCGCGCGAUCGUAGUGAGCCACUGCCUGAGCGGCGCAGUGGCGGCGCGCAGCGACGCGGUGAAGUAGGUACGUUUUGAAAAGGGACAGACGGAAGGACAGACCGCGUGCGGGAUGACGCGCAAUAUAUAUACCUGUAUAAGAAGAUAUACACACACACACACAAAAUGACAUUUGACAUGGGCCGCAAGGUUAGUUAAAAAAGGUGAAGGUGGGCAGAAUGCGAAGAGAUGGUGUACUGUUGAACUCUGUAUUGAAGAUACAAAUAAACCAUUUAUGAUUAAAAGACAAACACAAUUUAUCUUUAAAACACUGUAGUGACUUAAGAUUACUCUAAUUAGAGUAAAAAAUAAAUUUCCUCCACUUUGUGCUCUAUUGCUGAUCCUUCAGUAAGUGAAGAAUGGUCACCUCACAACAGUUUGUUCUUUUUUUUUGGCUGGAGAGAGCGGGCUGUUGGCCACCCCAAAAACUUGGAAACAUGCCCAACUAUUUGCCUUAACACCUCCACCUCCACCAGAGAGCUGAUGAAAUUAACGAGACAACAAUUGCUUUCUUGACUAACAUUAGCGUGUUUCAAAUAGUUGAAGAAUUUUGAAGUGGCCCUUUCAAUCCGUCCGUUUUUCUGUAUGCGGCACUCAAAGGAAAACAAGUUUGGACACCCCUCUAUUAGAGAAUCUGGUAAGAACGAUAACUCUUAAAACAAGCAUUCACAAAAUUUCGAGUAAAAAACGUUGCCUCUGCUGUUUGUUGCAUGCAUCCACACUAUAGCAGCAUUCUAAACUAGACACAGACAUAGCCUCGAGGCGUGUCUAUAUCCUCUAUUCUCGAAACAGGCAUUAACUGUACCUAGAGCAUUGUUUACCAAGUUGGGCCACAAGAGGGCACUAGAAGACUUGAUAAUAAAUCUUGUUCAUCAAUUUUUUCCAGUUCAAUGAAUGGAUCGGGAUUUAUUCCUGGAUAGAUAUUAAGGAGUAAAUAUAUUGCAAAUAUUUUGCCCAGGUUCUUGUUCAACUAAAUUCGAGAGCAAAAAUAAAUAAAUCAC